CUUCAAUUCCCGAAAUUUCGAGUCUUGAAGCAGAGCUCCAAGCCUCAACCCGCGACUCAUUACGCUUUACGGCCACCAUGGCUUCCAACACUUCCUUGGGCCUUGUCGGCGCUCUCAGGGGCCUCACCAUCUCCGCAGCCAGACCCUCGCUCGGUCCGUGUCUGACUGCCGCCUCGAGGCAAACCACAUGUCCCAUCUUCACCAGCGUACGGGCUUUCUCUGCCACAACGGCCAAGGCCAGUUGGUUAGAGCCUCGACUGGAGCGCAAGAAGAAAAUGAUGAAGGGCCGACCUCGAGUUCCCACCGGCGGUUCGAUCAAGGGAACCACUGUCGCAUGGGGCGACUACGGCCUGCGCAUGACCGACCACGAUCGACGAAUAAGUUCACAGCAAUUGAAGGUCGCCCACGACACAAUCAAGCAAAGGUUACGUGGAGAGAAGUACCGCAUCUACACAAGGGUGAACUGUGAUGUUGGCGUCUUCGUGAGCGGCAACGAGGUGCGUAUGGGUAAAGGAAAAGGUUCCUUCGACCACUGGGCUACUAGAGUUGCCAUCAACCAGAUCGUCCUCGAACUGAAGGGCAUGGUCCACGAGCAGGUUGUUCGUGAUGCAUUCCGCCUGGCCGGAAACAAGCUACCAGGGCAGUGGGAGUUUGUAAAGAAGGGAGAGCCCCCCAUGGUAGGCAUCACAAAGUUGGACGGUAUCACCCUGGAAGAGUUGAAGAGACCGAGGAGGAAGAUCGAUGCUGCUCAACUGCACCCAGUACCAUCCCCUACUACCACCCUUGAGGCAGAAAAGCCUCUGGAUGCUACCCCGUAGGUGCUCAAAACUUCAGAUGUAUUAUACCUGUACUCUACGACUCUACAUCGCCGCUAGCACCUCCAUUUCCGCGGGGACGCCCCUGUUGACGUGUAUGACGGGCCCGGCGUAGAGUGCCUAUGCCUCGGUAAAAAUAGAAUUAAACAUGAAGGCUUUUCGAGUUGCUGGGUGUAUCAGUAUGCGCCCAACACAACCGCAUGAGAUUUGUCUACCUAGGUUCAUAUACCUAUUACAUCGAAUCUUGCUCAUUGAGGCGAACAACUGUGCCCUUGUUCCUCUGACACUCAG